GUCCGGGCAGGCCCGGCAGGAGGCCUCUGCGCACACCAUGCCGGCCCGAGCAGCGGGCGCGGCGGCCCUGGCGCGGGCCUGCACGGCGCUUGUCGCCCUGGCGCGCGGGGCCACCUUCGCGGGCGGCGGUGGGCCGGGGCCGCCCGCGCCGAGCGCGGGCGGCGGGCGCGCGGCGCCGGGCCGCCGCGCCGGCGCAGCGGAGGCGCGGGAGGAGGCGGGGUCGGCGUGCAAGGGCGAUGAGUGGUACUGUGCCUACCUCGACUGCUCCUUGCAGGAGACGUUGGAGCUAUGCCCCUGCUUCUGCGCGACGACGACCGCGACGACCUCGACCGUCUCGGCAACCACGGGCACGGGGACGAGCGGGACACCCACGGGGACGACGAUAUCGACGGUCACCACACUCAGCACCACAGCCAGCACCACAGCCAUGAGGUCGAUCACCAAUUCGGUCACGACCAUUAGCACCGCGGCCGCCAGGACUGCCACAUCGAUGGCCAGUUCGACAGGCUUAUCUAGCCUGACGGUGUCCACCAUGACGAGUACGAGGACCUCGUGCACAGAGGAGUGGUAUUGUGGCAUGGUCGAUUGCGGCAUGCCAGAAGCGAUCGAGAGGUGCCCGAGCAGUUGCUUGGCCAUCACCACCGCAACGACCACUGCGACGUGGACUACCACCACAAGGCCAGCCGCAGUCGCCCUCCUGACAGGCAGCUUCUCCCUGGCUCUGUGGGAGCCUGCCGAUCUGGCCCGCGCCUUCGGGCUGGGCGACCCUGCUGUCAGAGCGGCGCUCGCAUCCGGCGUCGCGGCCGUGGUGCCCGCCGCGACGCCUGAGAUGGUCGAUAUCACGGGCGUCGCCCUCGACGGGCGUCUCCUCUCCUCGGCGGCCAGGACUGAGGCCCGCUCUGGCUCCGCUGGCGUGCUCGUCUCCUUCGAGGCACUCAUGCAACUGGCGAGUUCGCUUGCCGAGAGCGUCUCGGCGCAGGACUUCAUGCAAGCAGCGGAUGGGUUGGAAACUAGCCUGGCGCUGGAACUCGCUAGGGGGGGCCUCAAUUAUACAAUCAUUGGCGUCAAUGACCUUUGGGCAACCUUGGAGUUUGUGGCCGCCGCUAGGACUACGACUCUGUCGGGCUCUGCGAACGACGAGGCGGGCGCCAACGCUGAGCUUCUGGCAGUGAUAGUUUCGCUCUGUAUCGCAACCUGCUGCGUCGGUAUUUAUAUUUGGAAGCAGUCGACGAUCUGCCUGCACAAUAGCCAGAAGUGCACGUGUGACAUCAGCGACCGCGACGUCAUUCCCGCAGCGACCAGCGGCCCAGGCCUUGCGCUAGUAAACCCCAUUGUGCCCAUAGAUGACGGUGCUCCAACCCAGCCUCCGUGCUCGUUGAGGAAGGAGCCGCUCACCGAGAGGUCCCUCCUCCAAGUGCUGCAGCUGGCGCGGGGGGAGGAGACAGGAAGCGAGUCGAUCGCCAGCCGUCACUGUUGCAACAUGACCAUCCCAGGCGUCUCGACACAGCCGCUGUCCAUGAUUCAGGACGUCGGCCAGCUUGCCACUCUCGCUGGCGCGCCAGAACAGGAGGCUAGCAUUUGGCGGCUGAAGAUCGGGGAGCGAGCCACUCUUGAGGGUGUUUGGGAGAUGCCCUGGGAUGAGAAACGGCAAGGGGCCAAACUGAACGGCAGUUGUAAAUUGGUGGAAGUGAUUUACCAGCAAAGCCCGACGCGCGCCGCCUCGCCAUCAUAA